AUGCGCCAGCGAGAUGUGUUGGCACGGGUCUUUGCCGGGCUCAACGAAAGACAGAAGCAGGCUGUGGAGGCGCCGGCGCUGGGGGUGCUCCAGAUCGUUGCUGGGCCUGGGACAGGCAAAACCAAGGUGCUUGUAGCUCGUGUGGCCUACUUGUUGCUUAGCGAUGAUAUCAAGCCAGAGCACAUUAUUGUCACGACGUUCACAAAGAAGGCAGCCAAUGAGAUGUUGCAGAGAUUGAAGGAGCUCCUUAAGGGGACGGAAAUUGCUGUGGAGAGGCUUCUCAUUGGGACUUUUCACAGCAUCUGCUAUAGGAUCAUCCAGAAAUACGGAUCCAGAAUAGGAAUGGCUAAUUUCACUAUUGCCGAUGAGAGAGAUUCUCAACAGCUACUAUCUGAGGCGCUUGAAGAUUUAUCAGAGGACGAAUGGCACGUAAUUGAUGGCCUUCCUGAAUCAGAGACGAACUUGUAUAAGUCAGACAAUAACCAGAGCUACAGAGGUUUUAGCCCCAAGAGCAUUCGCAAGGCAAUAUCUGCAUUGAAGUCAAAGGGCCUACGUGUGGACCAGUAUAAAAAACAGCGGCAGCUGAACAGGCUCCUUGAAAUCGUGUAUGACGCCUACCAGAGCAGAUUGACGAAGAACAAGCUUCUCGACUUCGACGACUGUCUUUUGUACUGCCACCAAAUCUUGUCGAACUAUCCAGUGCUCAGUCAUAUCGAGCACACCCUCGUGGACGAGUUCCAAGAUACCAACGAGGUUCAAUUGCAACUCAUGUAUCUUUUUGCUAAAGGAAGUCUCACAGACAAGAACGGCCAGGACAAUGUGACAGUGGUUGGAGACCCAGACCAAAGCAUCUACGCUUUUCGGAACGCCCAGACCGCCAAUUUCGACAAAGUGAGGCAACACUACAAGAAUCACAGAUUGCGAGUCAUUACUCUCGAGGAGAAUUACAGAUCCACCUCGGGAAUCCUAGGACUUUCAGAAACGCUUAUGCUCCAGCAACAAGGAAGAACAGGUCGUAACCUUCGAUCUCAGUCAGCGUGUGGAUUGCAACCAGUCUACGACAAAUUCAACUCGUCAGAGAAGGAGGCUGCGUGGGUGGCGCUUCAGAUCAAGCAGGCUAUGAAACUACCGGGGUUUGUGCAUUCUGAUUGUGCAAUCUUAGUUCGCUCAGCCUAUCAGACUCGAGCCCUAGAGACUGAAUUGACGCGAAGAAUGAUCCCUUACUACAUGGUCAAGGGCAGAGCAUUCUGGGAACGCAAGGAGGUCGUUGCGAUUAUGGACUAUUUGCGAUGUGUUGCAAAUGAAAAUGACCGUGUGGCCCUCUUAAGGUGCGUAAACUUUCCAAAACGUGGGCUCGGUGCAAAGGCAAUUGGAGAUUUGGAACAGAGUAUUGAUGCACAACUAGCCAAAGACGGGAACAGGCUGAUCCUCGGAAUUUUGAGAGGAAUAACUGAUGGUGAUGUCGCUUGCUCCUUAGGUCCCAAAGCGAAGGAUGCUCUUAAAGGAUUCUUGAAUAUUAUAGGCAAAUGCCGUGAAAUGUUGCCGGAUGACAUAGAUGGCAUUCCUGAUCUUCUGGAGAUUCUCGAUCGAAUGUUCAUGCAGCUCUACAAUCAGUCUGGGCUCAAGAAGGAGUUUGCAGAGAACAUUGACUGGGAAUUGAAUAUCAUGGAGGUCAAAAGUCAACUACUAGCCUUCGAAAUGCCUGAGGAAGACUUCUUGCCGGACUACUUGGAAGAGGGAGAAGAGCCGCAACCCACAGAGAUCGAGGUUACUGGAGCAAAGUUUCUCCAGUCAUUCGCUGCAUCGGUGAGAUUGUUUGACAACGAUCCAGAGCAAAAUGAUGAGGAUGCAACUCCUAAGGUAGCCAUAUCGACCAUUCAUGGCGCCAAGGGUCUAGAGUGGCCCAUAGUGUUUGUUCCUGGAUUGUCAGAAGGGCUUCUUCCCGCUUCGUUCGCCAUGACUGACGAGGAUUCGGUAAAUGAGGAGAGACGAUGCUUCUAUGUGGCCGUCACACGAGCAAAAGCGUUGCUAUUCUUAUCUUCCUACAUUGAAGAGGAAGGAGGUAAUCGCUGGAAAGCAGUUGUAAAACACUCACGAUUCUUGAAAGGUGUUUCUGAAAGACUUCAUCGGGCCCUACAUUUUGAUAACGCCGAAACAAUCGAACAUUUGUAUCAAUUGUUAGGGAAGCAGAUGCCUGAAUCCAUACGAGACGUGCUUCAAGAAUUCCAAAGUAAAAACGAUGGAAAACUAGAGUCGCAAUUCAAUGACUAUCCGGUUGAAUUCAGCACAGCAAGAGACAUGCCACCCUCGUCAACAAGACCAUCGCUGAAUAGAUUGAACCAAAGAUCAGCAGAGUAUAUGAACUCGGUUUUGCUGAGAAAAGCGCCUGUUAGGCAACAGAUUAAGCUUUACCGGCCCCCUCGUGUUGAGCAGGACUCAGCACCUUUGGGCAGCACCGAAUUAGUUUCAAAAGGUGUGAAGAGGGCACCAACAUACAUUCCUUCAAGACCUGGAUCAAAAAAGCGUCUCGGGAUGAGGUAG